UGACUGAAAACACAGCUGAAAGCAUAAGCAGUAUGGGGUUGAUGUUGAAGGUGUUUGCUUUGACAGCAGUGUUAAUAGCACUGCUCCCCUCUGCUUAUACCUUCACCAGAGAUGACUUCCCUUCUGACUUUGUCUUUGGUGCAUCAACCUCAGCUUAUCAGGUUGAAGGUGCUGCAGAUGAUGAUGGCAGGAAGGCAAGCAUAUGGGAUACAUUUGCUCAUGCUGGAAAUGGGAAUAUGUACGAAGGUAAUGGAGAUAUUGCAUGCGACCAAUAUCAUAAAUAUAAGGAAGAUGUCCAACUCAUGGCAAACAUGGGCUUAGAUGCUUAUAGAUUUUCCAUAUCAUGGUCUAGACUUAUUCCAGAUGGAAAAGGACCAGUCAAUCUCAAGGGAUUACAGUAUUACAACAACCUUAUCAAUGAACUCUUAAGUCAUGGAAUCCAAGCACAUGUUACAUUACAGCAUUGGGACCUGCCACAAACACUUGAGGAUGAAUAUGGAGGAUGGGUUAGUCGAAGAAUUGUGAAAGACUUCACAGCAUAUGCGGAUGUGUGCUUCAGAGAAUUUGGUGACAGAGUUAAGCAUUGGACCACGGUCAAUGAGGCCAAUGUGUAUGCAAUUGGAGGCUAUGAUUCAGGAAAAUUACCACCUCAGCGGUGUUCUCCUUCCUCUAUAACUAACUGCUCCAGAGGAAAUUCCUCAACUGAGCCAUAUAUGGCAGCCCAUCAUAUGUUGUUAGCACAUGCUUCAGCUGCCAGAUUGUAUAGGAAGAAAUACCAGGGCAUGCAGCAUGGGUUUAUUGGCUUCAAUCUCCUUACUUUUGGUCUUGUUCCACUAACAAAUACUAGUGAAGAUAUAAGUGCCACUCAAAGAGUCCAAGACUUCAGUAACGGAUGGUUUCUAAAUCCCUUUACAUUUGGAGAUUACCCUGAUAUAAUGAAAAAGAAUGUUGGCUCAAGGCUUCCUUCCUUCACCCAAAAGGAAUCAAAUAUGGUUAAGGGCUCAAUUGAUUUCUUAGGAAUAAACUUUUACUACACAUUUUAUGUUAAGAACAAUCCUGACAGCCUGCUCAAGGAAGAUAGAGAUUUCAAUGCAGAUAUUGCAGUGGAACUUGACAGACUUGAUCAAAACGAUGCAUCUUCAUGUGAGAUUCCAAUCACAACCUGGAGUUUGCAAGGGGUGCUAAACUCAUUGAAGAACAAUUAUGGCAAUUUUCCAAUUUACAUACACGAAAUUGGCCAACAAACACUUCGAAAUUCAUCAUUGGAUGACUGGCCGAGGGUUAAGUACUUGCAUGAAUAUAUUGGGAGCAUGGUUGAUGCACUGAGGAGUGGAUUGAAUGUAAAAGGCUAUUUUGUAUGGUCCUUUUUGGAUGCAUUCGAGUUACUAAGUGGAUAUGAAUUAAGUUAUGGCCUAUAUUACAUAGAUGUGAAGGAUCCAGACUUGAGGAGACACCCUAAGCUCUCUGCUGAAUGGUACUCAGAUUUUCUGAACAGGAAGCCUAUGGACCCAAAGAUCACCAUGGAAAUUGAGAAGAAUGCACGUGUGCUUUCACCUGCUCCCACACUGCAUAAUUCCACUUAAAGUAAUCAGCACAAGUUAAAACUGAGGAUUUUUUAUUUUUCUUUUUGGGGGAGGGGCACUUGAUAAUUUUCUACUCUAUGGUACUAUGUGAAUGAAUAAAAUGACAUGGUUUAUGGUGUCAUUAUGUGAAACUUAACUAGU